UUUACUAAAUUUAACCAAACAAAAAUCGAGUUGGAUACAAUUUAAUCAGCAGGUUAUAUAAAUAAUACACGAUAAGAUAAAGCACAAAAUUUAUGUGCUUGAGGGUUUAUAAGAAUUUGUUUUAAGUGUUCGUAGAAGCAAAUAUUUGCUGAAGAAUUUAAUUUGUUUUUAGUGCUUAAAAACUGUACAAAAUGAUUCGGAAGUUGACGUUUAGCGGUGCGCGAGCAGCUGGCGCAGUGCUCACUGUGUCGAAACUCGGAGUGCGCGUGCGCAUGAUGUCGUCCCAGGCUAGUGGAUCCAACUUCUUCUUCCGACAGCUCUUCGACUCCGUGAGCUGCACGUACACGUAUCUCUUGGGAGACAACAAGUCCCGCGAGGCGGUGCUGAUCGACCCCGUGCUGGAACAUGCCGAACGAGACGCCAACCUAGUCAAGGAGCUAGGGUUCAAUUUGAUUUAUGCUAUGAACACACACAUGCACGCAGACCACAUAACGGGAACUGGUAAAUUGAAGUCUUUAAUCCCGGGCACUAAGAGCGUAAUUGGCAAGGCAUCAGGCGCGCAGGCUGACGUGUAUCUGCUGGACGGUGAUAUAGUGAAGUUCGGGGAACAUCAGCUGCUGGCCAGCGCUACGCCAGGACACACCAACGGAUGUCUUACUUACGUGUGUCGAGAGCAGGCUCUAGCCUUCACAGGCGACACUGUACUGAUACGUGGAUGUGGUCGUACGGACUUCCAGGAGGGUAGUUCAGAAAGUCUAUACAAGUCGGUCCACGAGAGGAUAUUCACGCUGCCGGACCACUUUGUACUCUACCCUGCGCACGAUUACAAAGGAUUGACGGCUACAACAGUUGGAGAGGAGAAGAAAUAUAAUCCAAGAUUGACUAAGUCUUUGGAGGAGUUUAUAAAUAUUAUGGAGAAUUUGAACCUGCCGUAUCCUAAGAUGAUAAACCAAGCCGUCCCCGCUAACAAAGUAUGCGGUAUUUACUAAGAUGACAUUAUUAGUGAUGACUUAUAAGUAAAAAUAAACUGGAAUGAUUAUAUUUCGUAAACACAAUACGGCCAAUUACAACAAAUUAGAAUUGGAUAAUUAUGUUUGUAAGACAUUAUUGGUUAAGACUACAUUUCGAUAAUAAAACUUACUUGAAGUUAUUAUGGAACAUAUUAAUUUUUGGCUUAUGAACAAUUCUCAUAGAGACAUUUUUCAAUAUUAUGUAUUAACAGAUUUUAUAUUUUUGUAUCAUUUUUGUAACUCUUACUUUCUUUAUAAGCAAAGAUGGUAGAAGUUUUUUUUAAAGUAAGUAACAAUUUAUAUAUAUUAUAUAGCUUAUAAAUGUUGUAAAUGUGGAAUUUAAUUAAUUUAUUAUUAUAUAAGAUUUGACAAUUAUGUAUUUUAAUGUAAUUAAAUUUGUGAAAAUUAUAUCUUGACUAGUCAAAAGCCAAUUCUUAAUGACAUUUAUUAUUUAUAAUCAAUAAACUAAAAGAAGAGUUAAACUCUAAAUAAAUAAAUAAUUUUGUAAAAAUAUGCUGUAAUUAUUAUACAGAGAGGUAACCAGAGUCUAAUAAUAAAAGAUUUUUUAAUCAAAACGCUGUUGAUGCUUUAGAAGCAAACUAAAAAUGAGCUAAUUAGUACAAUUAGCCUUAGAAUUGUAUUAAAGUUUGUCAUCUAACAAAUGUUCCGUAAAAUGUCCUAUAUGAUACUAAUGAAAAUGUUAUGAUGCUCUACCUUCACAUGUCAUAUUUUAGUUAUAAUAAUAAUUAAUCUACGUGUGCGACAAUGCGUCGAUUUAAAACCCAGUGCAGUACAGGUGGCGUAUCUACACAUUUUUAUUAAGAUAUUAUUGCUACUAAAUGUUUUGCAAUGGAUGUUAAAACCAAUUAGUAAAAGAGAAAUAACUUUGUAAUUAUCAUUUCUGUGCACAAAA